AUGACUGAGAAAUCUUUGGGGCCUUUCCCUAGUCAGACUCCUGAUGCCUAUCAACCUAUUGUUAAAAGUCUGAAGGACUUAAUUGAUGGCAAUAACUGGAAGGAUAAAUUUGAGGAGGCGGUCUAUAACGCUCAAAAGACAGGCGUCGAAAAUAUGCGUAAUAUUGGCAGUUUGAUCGAUUACUACAAUUUUCUUAAUUACUUGGUAUUGUGGGUGCCCAAAGAGAAUGAAACAGGAACUUUCGUUUACAAUAUGCUUUGCACGAUGUACUUUGUCCUCGAUCAGAAAUCGGUUAUAAAUUUUCAGUCACCCAUUAAGCCUUCAUCGUACCCACCACCGCCGUUGACGGCGCUAUCCGAAUGGAUAAUCGAUUUUGCCAAAGCCAUGGGACAAUUUCUCGAUACACCUCAAUCACUUACCGAAGAAUCUCUAGAGACUUUUCGUACUGCAGAAAACUACAACUUUGAUGACUACCCGCCUCCUCCAGGAGGCUGGUUAGGGCACUCUUUCAACGAAUUUUUCGCGCGAAAAUUCUUGCCAGGAACCCGGCCCAUUGACGGUCCCUCCAACCCAGCGAUUAUCGUGAGUGCCGCAGACUCAACCUUCGAUGGCUCUUGGAAUAUCAAUGCUGAUUCAAUUGUACAUUUGAAAGGCCUACCUUGGACCAUUGGCGAGUUACUUGCAAACAGUAAGUACGCAAAUGACUUUGGCGGAGGGAAAUUUAUGCACGCAUUUCUCGCACCAUACGACUAUCAUCGUCUGCAUGCUCCUGUCGAUGGCAAAGUGCUAGAAGCCAAAGUCAUUCCAGGUCAGACCUAUCUUGAAGUUAAUGUUAAAAAACAUUCUAACGACAAAUAUAGACUCAUUCCUACUCGAGCACUCUAUGCUCCGAACUCUCCAGGGUAUCAAUUCUGCCAGGCUCGCGGUCUAAUUGUGAUUGAUUCACCAAAAGUUGGGAAAGUGGCUGUUUUACCAAUCGGUAUGUGUCAGGUGUCUUCUGUGGUCCUCUCCGUUAAGGAAGAGGAAGAAGUGAAGAAAGGGGAUGAGAUAUCUUAUUUCCAGUUUGGUGGGUCUGACAUUGUUCUCUUGUUCCAAGCGCAGAGCAAAGUUAAAAUACUUGCUGGCAAACACAAGCAUUAUCGCGUGGGCGAACAGAUUGCAAUUGCUCAUAUUGCUAAAUAA